AUGGAGACCAAGAUCGGAAAGAAUAGUAAUGUCGGCGUAGGUGGCGUUGUCAGGCUCCAAGCUCUUUUCCGAGGCAACAAGAGUCGGCGAGUGCAUGUAGAGCGAGCUCGGAACAAUUUGCCUUGGUCCCCGUUCGUGCCAGCAAAGCUGGAGGCUGUGAAUGCAAUAUUGCGUGUAGCUUCUCUGCAACCUGGUGAGACGUUGGUGGAUAUUGGUAGCGGUGACGGCCGCGUGGUCAUCGAGGCAGCAGUGCAGUGUCCCGAGCUCAAGAAAGCUCUUGGUGUAGAGCUGGACGAAGCUCUCGUGAAGCUCUCAAGACCGACAUCGUUAAGAGAGAAAGUGGAGAUCGUUCAUGCCGACUUCAUGGAGAUUGAUAUGAGGAACGCAGAUGUCGUGGUACUUUUCUUUUUACCCCAUAAGGAUAUUUCAAGAAUGUUACAACUCAAGUUGCGUCCAGGGACACGUGUGGUCACAUACGUGUUCCAGAUCGCUCAAUGGAAGCCGGAAAAGGUGGUACCAACAGUACCGUUCAUGACAGCUAAAGGGUCAUCAUCCAUCUUCCUCUAUCGAGUGCCUAACACUCCAGAUCUUCAGCUUUAA